ACACAGUGUGUGGUCGUGGUUGAGUGCACUUCAACUUUUAACUUCUGCCAACCAACCUGAAAUCCUCUGUAAGGUGCAUAUGUGUAUACACUAGCUUAGCUAAGAAUAAAAAAUUGACCCACAGGUUUACAGAUUCUACUAGAGGGUGAUAAGUAAGGGCUCCUUGUAAUGUAUUAGGCAAAGUACGUAUGUGAGCAAUAAAGGUGGUCGAUUAAGUUGUCACAAUAGCAAAUCCGGUGCACAUGUGUAUACACUAGCUUAGCUAAUUGACCGACAGGUUUUCAGAUUCUACUAGAGGGUGAUAAGUAAGGGCUCCCUGUAAUGUAUUAGGCAAAGUACGUAUGUGAGCAAUAAAGGUGGUCGAUUAAGUUAAAUAAUUAUUUGCUACUGCAUGUAAUGUAGUAGUUAAAAAAAUACUCGCACUACGUAUGAAUGUGUACACCCAAUGGUUAUUAUUGAGUGGACAAACAUUUUCAGCAAAUAAUAACUUACGUUGCUGGCACCUCAUUUCCUCAAGUUGGUAUAAGAGUCUGCAUAAAUAUAUUAUGUAUGUAAGUACCAUAAUGUUUAACAGACACAACAAUUAUGCUCGGACAUUAAACAAACACCAUACUACAUGUUGUCAUGUAUCAAGAUAUUGAUGAUACAUGACAUGAUGUACUGUUACAUGUGUCUAUUGCUGAUAAAAGAACGAUACGAUAAAACGUACAGUACAAGAGUACGAGUUUUCUGUUGAUAAAUGAUACCGUACAACAUUAUUGUUCACUAACAGUGAUCUUUCAUUAUUAUUGAGUUGAAAAUGCCAGCAAACAAGGAGUGGUAUUUUGAUGUCAAAGACAGCUACAUUCAUAUCGUGAAGAAUGCGACACAGGAAACUAAUGGUCCUGUGUUUGCAGUUAAAGCUAGCAACGACAAGAUCAGGAUCAAGUUACUGGACCAAGAAGCAGCAAGAGAGAAGUCACUGGUAGACUUUACAUGGGAGAAAUCACCAUUUUCAAGACAGUUUAAGAAUGCAAAGAGCGCCACGCAGUUCCAUGAAGAAUGGACUCGGCUAGUUCUUCCAAGAAUUGACAGCAACACUGGCAAGUACCAGGAUGAGCCACUAGUGCAGCUUGGUAAGCAUACUUCACCAAGCACAGGUCUUGGACCAUCAAAGAAGAAAAAAAUUGAUGAAGACAGUGACAAUGACAUCAUACAGUACUAUACUGGGUGCUAUGAGAUUCCCAUUUCCUGUCUAAUGGAGCCUAGAAUGAGCAGAUGUUUGAGACCCCCAGAUAGAGUUUUUAUCAACACUCUGAAAGACGAAAUAAUGGCGAACCAAAUUUCUACGGUGUCACCCAUUAUUGGUAUACCAUGCCUCGAUGACGGUCAAGAAUUCGAUAAAAAACAUCCAGCACUAUACAAGUAUGAAACGAUUGGGGGCAAUCAUAGCAGAAUUGCACUUCAGGAGCUGGCUGUCGAAAACCCAAGAGAAAGCCUUCAGACAAGGCUAGUAGCAGUUUAUACAGGUGUCGAUGACGACGUGGCCUUAAUGAUAGCUUCGAAACACAACAGGGCAACCGAUCUUACUCACAAAAUGACGACACAAGAUCAGGUAAUGAUAUGCAGAAGCAGGUAUGCUGGGAGGAGUAGCAAGACAGAGUGGCGAAAGGCAUGUGCUAGUCUACUCAGCCUGCAGGUGCAACAGCUCGAAUACUCAAUGGUCUUCUUCCUGGCUUCGUUACCCGACGUUGAGUAUGAUUGUGUUUUAGAGAUUUUUGCUCAAUAUGAAUUGUGCGACCUCAAAAACCAAAAGCUGUCACGAGGGCAGAGACAAGUACUCAAAAAUUAGCUGCAAAGGCGUUAAUUUUAAGCCGCUUCGAGGGUUGGAAGAGGAAGAAAGACGAAACCUCUUACAGGAAGUUCAAUGUGGAGAGUUGUCGCUUAAAGACCUAAGCCAAAAGUGCAAAGUCAUAAAAAAAAUGAAAGAGAUUAAAUUGGCCUUCAUAACGCAACUCGACAUCGGCUCUUGGGAGGAAGCACUGCAGCUUUACCCUACGCACACAUCUGACGAAAACUUGGCACAGUUUACUUCCCUCUAUUUCAAAAAGAGCAAUGUUCCCCAAACGUUUUGCUCCUUCUGUACCCAAGCAAAGCAAGCUAUACUAAACAAAUCCAUAGAACAACCAACUAGCGUCACAGACGGCCUACAUGUCAGUUAUGACAACAGUUUCGCGGUUAUUAUAAAUGCGAACGUGAUCACGGUCAGUACGAGAGAGUUACUGGAUGGCUUUGGGAGUCUGCAGUGCAGUGGUCUGCACCUCACCAUCCUCGACACACCAGAGGACUGGUCGUGCACAGAAGUAACGACAAUUGUACGCCUAGUGAGAUCUACCAACAUUGCCCUGGGCCUAUCGUCCUUUGCAGUAGUUGUAAUUUCCCCACCACAAGACCUGGAGUUGCAGCAGCAAGAUUGCAAAGCACAAACAGCAUACAUGCAAGACACCAGCGCUGCAAGCAAAGAUACGUACACAGGGUGUGAUCUUCAAAACACUAUAACACCAAUGGUGAUUGGGCAAUGGUCUUCUUGCAAUGAGUACCCUUUCUUUGCUAAGAAAACAGAGUUUGUGGGCAACCUUCUAACAGUAGCUAUGGAUGAGCCUAUCAAUACACCUCAAGGCAGGGCAAGACCAAAACCAAUGCUUUAUCAGGAACUCAUUAAACUACUAACAUCACCUGGGCAAUGGGUCUUCGAGUGGGAAUAGGAAAGUAUCUUCAUCUGCUGUCAAGAAUGGACGGAGUGCCCUUGCACUGGAAAACAACGAAACACAAGCUCUAUUGAAGCAACUAUCCUCAAUUGAGAAAACUGUUAAUUAAUGGAUGUUAAGAUUACUUUUUGAUAGUACAUACUUAUAGUUACAAUAAUUCCAACAAAAUACAUAAUUACUUGACUGCUAUACAGUGUUAAAAACCUUGAAUUUCAAGCCAAGCACUUUGAGAACUAUAAUUAUAGCUUUG